GGGGCUAGCGGCUGGCCCAGCAGGAGUCGCUCUUUGUGCUGGGAUCAGCUGUGCGCCCGGAGGGGCUGCUCUCGUUUUGCUAUAAUUGUGUUUUUUUUUGUGUGUGUUUACAGGGUGCAGAGCAAAAGACAUGGCGGUCCCGGCAGAGAAAGCCUCUUACCGAUUCGUGGUUCUGUUCUUCAACUGUCUGCUUACAUUCGGUUCCUAUUUCUGCUUUGAUAUUCCCAGCGUGCUGCAGGACCAGUUCCAGGGGAACCUGACAUGUUCAAACGGGAGUCACCCCAACAGCACCCGGGGUAACAGUAGCGAUGGCUGCGUGGCGGGGCUUGGAAUGACCCCAGAGCAGUAUAACCUGUUAUAUGCCAUCUAUGCCUGGACGAAUGCCGUGGUGGUGAUCAUGGCCGGGUUUCUCAUCGACAAGCUGGGGAACAGAUUCGGCCUGUUCCUGUUUUCCUCCUUGACCGUUGUGGGCUCCUCCAUAUUCGCCUUGGGAUCACAUUUUAAAGGAACCCCCUACCUGCUGCCGCUGAUGUUAACAGGACGCCUGCUGUUCGGCUCGGGGAACGGAUCGCUGACGAUUGUACAGAAUCGGAUCACGGCCUUUUGGUUUAAAGGGAAAGAACUGGCUCUGGCGUUCGGGCUGACCCUGUCCUUCUCCAGGUUGGGCAGCGUCCUCAAUUUCUUCCUCACCAGGCGGUUCGAAGAUCAGUUUGGAAUCCAGUGGACUCUUUGGGGAGGGACCAUACUGUGUGUCCUGGGCUUGUUGUCCGCCGUGACCGUCAGUAUACUGGAUAAACUGGGAAUGAAGCAGUUGGGCCUGGAUGGAACAAUUCAAGAAGCGUCCAAGAAAGUGCGCAUCCAGGAUAUUCGCCAAUUAACGUUACGUUACUGGCUCUUAGUUCUGACAAUCAUGUUCUUCUACAAUGGAGUAUUUCCUUUCGUGGCUGAUGCCAGUAAAUUCAUCCAGGACAAGUAUGACGGCUAUGACCAGCAGACGGCGGCCUAUAUCGCAGGGGCGGUGUAUGACAGUUCCCUGGUGCUGUCUGCGGCUGUAGGAAUAUUAAUUGACUACGUAGGGAUGAGGGGCGUCCUGGCUUUCCUCUGCGCUGUGCUGACGUUGCCAGUGUUUGCCCUGUUGGCCUUUACCUUUGUCCCACCAUUAGUGUCCACCUUAUGGCUUGGAGUCACAUAUUCCUUUGCUGCGGCAAGCAUGUGGCCAUCAAUCCCUCUUGUAGUCCCGCAAGCUACUCUGGGAACAGCUAUGGGUCUCGCCACCUCAGUGCAGAUGAUUGGCAUCGGGCUUUCCAACCUCAUCGUUGGCAGAAUUCUUGGUACCAAAUCCAGUGAAGCAAAGAUCCCGCUAUGGCGAUGGCAACAAAUGAUGAUUUUCAUGCUGGCAAAUACCAUCGCCUGUAUAGUCACUUCCGUGACCUUAAAUAUAGUGGACAAGAAACAGGGAGGGACAUUAAACAAAAUGACCAAGAGACAACCUCAUGCCGAGCGAGAGUCCCGGGACGAGUCUGACCGAACCCCUAUCCUUAAUGAGGAGGAGGAUGAUCAGAGGUCCAUCAACUAGCAAAGACCUGUUGACUAUUGCUUCUAGGUAUCCAUUAUGUACCUCUACAACGCACUAGUGAUGUUAUAACAGCAUCAUGGACAUAAGGAAGCAAUGGAUAACGUCUAAUUACUAAUCUAGGGCUGUAUCCCAUAACUGAUCCCAAUCUAUUUGGGUGCUUUAGUAGGUAAAAACCCCUGGAUUUGCUGCUGGGAAUCAGGUUCUCACUAGUUUUCAUGAAUGUCAUCUUGGGUUAUACAAGGCAUUUAUAACUUCAAUUCCGAGGGCUAGAACAGACGAUGGUGCAAUAUAUGAUCUAUACAUACUGGUCUAAUAAUGGUUCCUUUGUGGAAAACUGUCAGCUUGAUAAAACAGGAUCACAAAUUAAGAUUUCCAUAGAGAACUGGAACUGAACCAUUUGUUGCCUCCGGCUCAAGAAGGAAUUAGGAAAAGCAAAAAUCAGAACUCUAUUGGGCCAAAGUAUUAUGCAUGCAGUACCACAGUUCUACCACUAGAUGGUAAUCUCUCUCUCUCCUUCUACCAUCUGUGCAAAACCAAAGGGAAUGUGUUACCGGAGAAGCUGCACUCCAACACUGACGCAGGGGAAGACGGCUGAUGAUCGCCGUGUGACAACGCUGCUGGUGCAUGUCCGUAAAUGCCACAAGCCCGUUUGCUCUAGUGUGUGUCUGUUACGAACUCGGCAAGCCCCACACGAAUGCGUGUUGAUAAGCAUCCAAUUGCUUGGGGUCCCAUGCCUCGUGUUUGAAAUGAGUGGUGUUCGCACACUUGACCGCAGCUCCAUUCAAACAGGGGACAUGGGACCCCCAUUCUUGUUUAACGGAAGGAGGUCCCAACAGUAUACAUAGAGGUGAUCUGAUGCAUUCACAUCUGUCAGAUGAUCCAGCGUAGACGCCGGCCAAACAGAAAUCGCUGCAUGCAGUGGUAUUUGUCCAGCCGGAUCUCAUUACAGUCAAUAGGCAGCUGGCGGCGAACAAGGGAAUCCGCCAAUGCCGGUGAACUCCAGUAGGCUGUCCGCCGCCGGAAUGUUCACCUGAGAUGUGAACGCAGCUUUACGUAUAAUUGUCUUAAAUGCUUUCCACAGUUCAGUGGGGUCGAGGAGCCUGUCCCGGCCUAAGGGUGCAGACACUGACAGAGAAGGUGGUAGGCCCCUUUCACACAAGCGAGUUUUCCGCACGGGUGCAAUGCGUGAUGUGAACGCAUAGCACCCGCACUGAAUCCUGACCCAUUCAUUUCAAUGGGUCUGUGUACA